AUGAAGUUCAGGGCCAGUUUAUUUAUGUUUCUUGUCGGUUAUGUUAAUUGUAUAUACUUUGAUUCAAGUAAGCAAGCUUUGCGUUUUUAUUUUUAACGGCUGGUGAGGAAGCGAAUAGAAGAGGGAGGGAGGGUGGGGGGGGAAUAAUUUUGAUAAAAAAAGAAAAAAAAAGUUUAAAAAACUUUAAUUGAAAGAUUUUUUAAAAAUUUUUAAAAGCGCAAAGUCUAUUUUUUUUAAAUUAGCAAAAAAAAAAUUUAAGAUGACCAUUACUAAUCAAAUUCGUCUUAAAAAAAUUAAUUUUUAAGACGGACCUUUUUUCCAGGCUUGAACACAAGGCAGGGCAUUGACGAUUUUCUGUGCCUGGUAAUGCUCUGCAUGGUACAGAGCAUUUCAGUUCGAUGCCUUGCCUUGCGUCCAACCCUGCUGCUACUCCCUUGCCUUUUAUAAUAUUAGGUUUUCCAAAGAUGGAUGAAUUAAAAUUCUCAAAUGUGGAUGCUUUCAAUGGCUCAUUCAUAUUCGGACUACCUGAUAAAAAGUUGGUACAGUGGAACUCUUGUAAUACUAGGCACAACUAGUAGUGGUAUAACGAAUCACUAAAGAAAUUAAAAAUUGUUUGUUAUACGGGGUUUUUGUUAUAGAAUAGUUUGUUAUAUAGGAGUUGCACUGUACUUGAAUUAAUCAUACAUACGUUUUAACUAAAACAUCAUUUUUAGUUACCCAUUUAUUCAAAGCUAGACUUGGCUCCAAAUCAUCACUUACAACAGACUUUCACUUUGAAAGAACGAGAAAUGAUAUUUUUGUGUUUGGUAAGGAGUGUGCAAAAACGAAUUGUACUACUGAUUCUCAUCAGUUGUACGAUUUUGAGUAAGUUAUUACUUAUGCAUAAAUAUAAAUUCAGCUUGAGGUUCUGACUUUUGACAACUAGAACUCUGUACACUAAAAAGACAGUUAGUUAUCGCUUUUUCAGGCCUACUAUAAGCAAUUGUUUUGACAACAAGUGCUUAUAGUAGACCUGAAAAAAAGGUUCGAGCUCAAUUUUUCCGUCUGGCUCUUUCGAAGGUUGCGUCGGGUUGGCUCGGUUUAACUUCUUGUAUAAACUAGGUAAACUAAUUAUGCAUUUAUGAAGACCUGCACGCCAAAAAUGAAGUCUCGCCUUGGUUUUUCCAGUUAUUAAAGAAUUUUUACAUAAUUGGCCAACCCGAUCCGAAGCAAAUUUAAAAGGCCAGCACACUUAGGCCACAGGAACGAGGCUCAAAUUAAAGCCUAGUCAUAGGCCGAGCAAAGAGGGCAUUGCAACCUUUUUACAAGUCUAAUACAAACUUUUUACAUGUCUAAUAUAAGGUAUUACACAAAUUAGUAUACACCCACAUCAAGAUCAUUCUUUUUAGAGCAGAUGGUAAAACGUUGUCAGGAAACUAUGUCGAAUUCAAAGACGCAAACGUUUAUACCAGAGAUUGUGAAGAUGUUUCUUUUACAGUAUGUUAAGUUGUAAAAGACUUACUUAUGUUUCAUACCUAAAUUAAUAUGACAUAUUGUUGAGCUAAACUAAUAUGACAUAAUGUUGAGUUAAAACAUUAAAAAGUCAUUUUUAAGGUAGCAGAUAAAACAAGCACACAUACAGUUAAAGUAGCGGUUGCUCCUGUUGAUGAAAAAAGUAUAUGGUCGUAUAAGUAUGAUGGAUAUGUUGGUAUAAUGUCGGGCAAAGAUUCUGCGUUCGACAAAAUUGUCAAUUCCUACGACAACAAACACAUGCUUAUUGUGCCAUGGCGAGUUUGGGUGAGCUUAAAAUUAAAAGAAAUCAUUUAUUGUGUUGUAGAACCCAACAAUGGAAGGCGAUCUUCUACUAGGUGAAGAGUCCAAGAAAUGUGGAAAUUUUUCCUUCACAGAUUCUGACAGUAAUUAUUGGUCUACCACUACUACGUAAGACUUUAAAAAAGAUUAAAAAAUAAAAUAAAUUUUAAAGAUUCCCUAUUAUGCACUACGGCUUACCAAAUUUCUUACCACGUGUCCUACUUACCUCAUAUAUACCCUGUUACUUGUCUUACUUUAUGCCUUACCAGUUGUAUUCCUCUUGCUCUACCUUAUGCUUUGCCUUAUGCUCCACCUUAUUUCCUCGGGUUCAGGAACUUUUGGGGCAGGAACUUUUGAGGCCAACCUUUUUGAGCAAGGAAUUUUUGGGGCGGGUAAUUUUUUUGGCAACUAAAUCCGCCACCAAAGUUCUUUGCCUCAAAAGUUCUCGCCCCAAAAGUUCCUCGUCCUAAAAGUUAACCCCAUUUCCUCUUGUCCUCUCUCUCCCUAACCCUUUUUUAAUUUUAAAAAGUUUCAGAAUUGGCGAAGGUGACGAUAAGAAAACGAUAAAAAUAGCUCCGGCAUUUGUAUCCAUUACACUAGCUAAAAAGUCAAUUAUGGAGAAAUAUUUUACAAAAGAAAACGACAUUGAUGAAGCAACCUACAAGACUAUGAAGUCCUAUAAAAUGACAUAUGCUGGAUUUGAGUUUACUAUUGAGCCAAAACAUGUUUUUUUAAAAUUAGACGGAAGAUAUUACACGAUGAUCAAUCCACUUGAUGAUGAUGAUGAGAUUGAUUUUGCGUUUGGAUACGAUAUUUUUAAGCAAAAUUGUUUCAAAAUGGUCAAGGAUGGAGACAAGUACAAGAUUGGCUUAGCUGAACGGCUUCCUAAUACUUCUGCAGCCCUGUUUGUCAGCGGUUUUACUGUAUUGAUAGCUUUAUUGAUGUUUUGCUAGAUCAUAAAUAUUGUUAUAGAAGUACGAUUAAUUUAAAAACAAAAAUGUAAAAAUAUAUGUUAUGGCCUAUCCUAGAAUUUAAGACACAAUAACAUAAUCCUAGAGCUAAAGUACUUAAGCAAACGGUUUUUUGUAGUUUUCUUUUUUUGGGUUCUUGAUAUUUCAUAGUCAAUAUGUUUUUCAAAGCAAACGUAUUAUUUUUAUUUGUAAGCUAUAGUUAUAGCUUGUCUAACGACGACAGUAAGUUUUUCGCUUAAUUUUUUCAGAAAAUUGUAAAACUAUUUGCUUAUAUACUAGCAUAUGUUACGCCUUAUUCCAUGAUCUACUCAAUGCUUUGCUUUUUCCAUUCAUUACUUCAGGCCCUACUCUAUAUACUUUAACACAUGCCUUGCCUUAUGUUCUACUUCAUGUCCUACUCCAAGCUUUAUUUCACGGCCUUCUCCACUGCCCGACUUUGUAACUUGCCCAAGGACUUCCAUGCCUUACCCUAUGUUUUAUUCUAUGUUCUAUACUAUGCCUUACCGCUUGCUUUAUGCCAUACUCCUACGCUAUGCCCUUCUUCAUGUCUUACCUCAUGCUCUACUUCAUGCUCUACCUUCCUACCCUGUUGUUCUGUGAAAGGAUAGCUUUAUUAAUCUAUCUAAUAGUGAAAAUUGCAUUGUAAUUACAGCUUUACACACAUUCGAAGUUAAAAUUGGCUCAACUUCUUCAUUAAUAACAAAAGUUCAUUUUGAAAGAACUGAAAGUUACGUUUUCGCAUUUGGAUAAACUUGUUUAACAGAAAAGUCAUGCACAGACAGCAGUCACGUUCCAUAUGACUAUGAGUAAGUUAAAACAAAGUUAAGAGAUUAAUUUAAAAGUGCAUUGUCAAUUUAAAAGUGCAUUGUUAAUUUAAAAGUGCAUUGUUAAUUUAAAAGUGCAUUGUUUUAGAGCUGACGGUAAAGCACUGUCAGGCAAAAGUGAAUGGUUCGCAGGUGCUCACGUCAUAGUAAGGCAAUGUGACAAAGUGUCUUUAACUGUAAGUAUAGAUUCUGUUUUUUAUAGGCGUUAAGGCAAAACAGGCUUUUAAAUUACCGUAAAAACAUUUUUCCCCUAAUGUCAUACCUAUUUUCAGAUAGAAAACCAAACCACCACCCAUAAUAUCAAGAUAGCGUACGCUCCUAUGGAUUCUAAUAGUCCACGUUCGUUCCUAUACGAUGCUUUUAUUGGCAUAAAAGCUGGAAAAGAUUCAGCUUUUGAUAAGAUAUUAGAUGCAUACAGUAAAAAACAUAUGCUGAUUGUGCCUUGGCGAGUUCAGGCUGGGAAUGUAAGUUCAAAUAUUUUAAUUUAAAAAAAACUAUUAUUGCAUUUUUUAUCCUAAUGCAUUUACCUUCAAGGGAGGGGAGUGGAAAGAACAAAAAGAAACAAAAAUUAAGUGUAAGUAAAAGUAGCUUGAUAGUUAUAGGAGUUAAUAAUACGCUUUUCAAGAAACAAAACAAGGCGGUGAUCUUCUCCUCGGCGAGGAAUCAGAACAUUGCGGAAACUUUACGUUUACAAAUUCUGAAACGGAUUAUUGGUCUACAACUACUAAGUAAGUAUAAUUGCGAAGUUUUGUUACAGUAAGUACAAAAGUAGACACUUUCAAAAUUUUGCUCUUGCAUUUAAAAGUUACUUAGCUUUUGGCUUACUUUACGUAUUACUUUAUGACUUACCCUAUGCCGUACCAUGUGCACUAUAUAAUGCCCUACUGUACUCUAUCUCAUGCCUUACUCCGUGUCUUAUUCAUGCACUAUCUCAUGCGCUGCCCCAUGAGUUGCUUCAUGGUCUAUUCCAGGCCCUAUGCGUUGUUCUACUUCAUGUUUUACAAAAUGCGAUACCUCAAGUCCUACCUAAUGGUCUAUACCAUGCAAUAUUCCAUGAUGUGCCCCAUACCCUAACACAUGCUUCCCUCCUCCCCCCCCCCUUUAGAUUAUGCUAUAUUAUAUGCCUUACGUUAUGCUCUACCAUAUUUUUUAUUUUAUGAUUUAUUCCAUGAAUUACCCCAUAAUCUACUCCAUGCCCUAUUCUACGAAUUACCUUAUAAGAUACUCUAUUUUCUAUACCAAACCCUCACUUAUGCCAUAUCUCGUGUUCUAGCAUAUACAGUAUCCCAUGCCUUACUCCAUGAUGUAUACCACACCCUACUCAUGCCCUGCCCCUUGUCCUCAACCCUCCUGCUUUUUUUAAUUUCAAAAAUUUUUAGAAUUGGCGAAGGUGACAUCCAGAAAACGAUAA